AUGCGAGAAGGCGUGCUGAAGAUUGCCCAGGUGGGAAACGCGUGCUGUCUGCGGUUGUUCAAGCCCCCGCCGGAGGGGGAACUAGGAGCCACGCCCGAGCUCUUCGCCCAGUGCGAGGUGCUCUUGGACGGCGGCCGCACCCUCCAGGUGUAUGUGGAGUCCGUCAUCGACUCCUCUCGCUAUUUCGUGCUCCGGUGCGAGGACAAGGCUUCUGGGAGGCACGCCUAUGUCGGCGUAGGUUUCCGGGAGCGUAGCUCGGCGUUCGAUUUCAAGGCGGUACUCGAUGAUUUCGUCCGUUUCUUGGAUCGACAAAAGCGAGCAGAGAAGACGUCUGCCAUUAAGGAAGAAGAAGGGGAGGAGGCACUGGGUCCGGUGAAGCCGAUGAAAGACCUUUCCAUCGCGGAGGGGCAGAAGUUGCAUAUCGGCCUAAAGGACGCACUCACAGUGAAAGAACUAGAGGCGGCGCAGAUGAAAGCAGCGAAAAUCAUCCUAGGAUGCUCCAGGCGCACAAGUAAUGCAGCCGUGAGGGCAGAAUUGGGGAUCCAAUCCCUACGGUCGGGAAGAGACGCGAGGAAGCUGACCUGGCAGUAUCGCAUGUGCGGGAUGGGAGAGGAGAGGUUGCCGAG